AGCAUCAGUGUUUUGUUUGCUUUACUGAAGGUAUCCACAAGAUGGCAGAAGAACCAUAUGGGGAAUGGGGAGACGUACAGGGUUUUUAGUAUGCUGUACUUGUUUUUAUUAAUUAUCCUGCUGGGGUUUGUAGUCAUGAUGGUACAUUCAGUAUCUGCACAGUGAUCUCACUUUGUUCUUACUGCAUAUUUGAGUUUUAUGUUUCUAAAUGAAGCUGUUUGUUGUGUAAUGCAUUUACAGCAUUACUGCAGCAGUGUAGCUUGUUCCUCUGCAGCCUUGUGAAUGUGUGUGCUGAUGAUUAUUCUUAAGCACAUAUGAGUACUUGUUCCUGUUUGUAACAGUCAAAUAUUGCAAGAUGUGACAAAACACAUCGAGAGGAAUGCAUGUAGUGGUACUUAACAGCUGUGUGGCUCAAUGUAUGCAGGUUAAUGUGGGCUGACUUUGCAGCAGUGCACAUUCUCACAACCUGUUUUUAGGUUUCUGGCUUGUCAAACUUGGAUUCUCAUAACCUUUAAAUGCAUUUAAAUUUAAAAUAUACAAACAUUUAAAAUGUACAUCUAUUUAGCAAACAUUUCUGACUUCAAAUCAGAAAUGUUGACAAUAAUAAAAUUACUUCUAAUAUGUAUACCUGUCAAGGCAAAGAGCUCAUUGUCAGUGAACCAAAAUAGCCUACUUAAGAUCUUUGCAUAUGAGCAAAUAUAAUACUGUAAUCCAUACAACAAUGGGGCACUAAGCAGUUGCUUUAGGAAAAGUAGAACAAUGCAUCAGCAAUCAAAUAAAACUAAUUAGUCACAGUGCAAUGAUACUUAAAAGAAUGUUACAGGUUCAAUACAAGUUAAGCUCAAUCAACAGCAUUUGUGGCAUAAUGCUGAUUACCACAAAAUUAAUUUUGACUUAUCCCUUUUUUUUUUAUAUAAUUAAAAGCAGAAAUCUGGGUUACAGUGAGGCACUUUCAAUAGAAGUGAAUGGAGACCAGUUUGUAAACAUUAAAAUACUCAACUGUUUCAAAAGUAUAGCCACAAGACAUAAACAAUAUGCAUCUUAACAUGAUUUUAGUGUGAUAAUGAAUUAAUUCUUCAGUCUAUCAAAAUGUUUGUUUUGAAUCAUAUUCGAGAAUGUUCACAGCCAUAUGAGUGUAUUUCAUCUUUAUCCCUCUGCUAACCCUCAUAACUUCUCUGGAGUGAAUAUAUUAAUUUUCCCAUACAUCCAAAGCACUUUGCAUAAUGGGCACUUUGCUUUUGGGUGCUACCUUGAUGGCUAGGUUUCACCUCUCGCAUGGGGUACUUUUCUCUGAUGUUCCAAGUAAUCUCUUUAUCCCUGCAUGCAUCAUCCUCCUUCUUUGCUCUUUUUGUGCAUCCCAAAUGUUUUGUGAAGCUUGUUGGUAUACUUCUAGAUUUCAGAAAUGCAUUUGUUUCACGUAUGCAGGAUCUUUAUUCCAUUUCUCUAGAACCCCUUUGUAAUGUCUGAGAGACAUUUUACGCAUCCCACAGAGAGAGAGAGAGAGAGAGAGAGAGAGAGAAUGAAGUCAUAAACAGGUGGUGAGCCAAACUUCAGUACCCAGAGUCCUCCAGAGGAGAAAUAAAAAUCCAGACACAAGAAUCUACGGAGGCCCGGAUGCACCAUUCGACAAAGCACGUCUACGUCUCUCUCUCUCUGACUAGAUACCUCCGAGUUGGUUUGCAGAGGGCGAGAAACGGCGCAGAACGGCGCUCAUUCCAAUUUCCCGGGGCGCUCCGGUGUCUGCGGUACUCUGUUACUACAUUUUGAGUUUUUGUAUUUUUGUCCGAAAUGGUGGUGACAACAACACGCAAGUUUUCCCUUGUUCUGCUUUUUUAGAAUCUUGUUUUUUUUUUUCUUCUGUUUUCUUUUUCUUUUUUUUUUUCUUGUUUUUUUUUUCUUGUUUUUUUUUUUUUUUUUUUUUUUUUAAACCAGAUGCUGAACAGCUUGUUUUGAUGUCGCAAGACAGAAGAGGAUCGGGAUGACCAAAGCCUCCAACAUUCCCUAAUAGUGUUUUCCACGUAAAGACACCCUCUGGUUUCAUGAUGUCGCAUGUCAAGACUGGCAUUAGUACCGAAUGUUCUGUGAUCCAGGCGCGAGACCCCUGAUGAGCGCGUGAGGAGCGCGGCACCACAGCUGCAGCAGCGCGGAGCUCGGAUCCUCCCGGUAACUGCUAGACUGCUAGGCUAAAGAUUGCCAUGGAAACAUGCAUUUUGAGAGUGAGAUGAGAAAUGAUUGAGAGAAUCAAUGUCUAAGCUUGGCAGUAUACCAUCUACUUCAUCUGUAUAGUAAACAGAACCCUAGACAUCUUGCCUAAGAUCUCCUUUCGUGUUUCACAGAAGAAAGAAAAUAACAUGGGGUUAGAACGACUCCGGGCUGAGGAUAACACAAAGCAUGGCCACAGCAGCAGACAUGGCCUGUUGUCUGCACCUCUGAAAACUGGGGACUCUAAGAUUGUAUGAAGCCCGGUGGUCCAAAUCAUCUAGUCAAGAACAACAUAGUGAGAGGAAAGAGUGUGCUCAAACAGGUUUCCUGUUGAACUGGACCCAGCUCACACUUGGACUUAAUACAGAAUCAUUACUGACAUAUAUACAUAAAUACAAAGAUCCUGAUCUACAAUCUAGGGGUAAUGAGCCGCCUAUCAGGCCGCCUGCGCUCUGGCGGUGUUCGUUUGGCUUGUGACGCUCUGGCUGACAAGGACUGCAGUGAGGCUGAGGGCCCCUCUCCAUGGGAGGGGGAUGGAGAACCUAGGGGCACAUCUGUAGGAUCCACUGGCUCUGAUCCAGCCAACUCACUACAUUACAGCUUUUUUUCACCUCCCUCUUUGGCUAAUGGCCUGCGGAAUCAUGAAGACCAGCUUCAACGUAGGGCAAGGAGACGGAGGCAAACAGAAUAUGUGGAGCAAAUACACACACAUCAACUAAUGCACCUUCAGCAAAACACACAACCACAGAUGCAUACACCUCAGCAAUCACACCCACUCUCGCAGAAAAGCACACACCUGCAGCCUCAUUUACACAUUCCAAUAGAUAAACAUAUGUGGAUGGACACAAACACACUAACACACAAGUGCACACAAAAGGACAUAUGUGAACCUACAGGCAGUGGCUCCUCACUUAUGGAGCUGGAUCCUUCAAUUAUCCCAGAGGACUUAUCUAUGACUCCCAAGACUGAAACACAUAAUCUCUGUGUUCAGUCAGCCCCUUUGUUACACACCACCCCUCCCCCAAAGAAUCUGACACCUCCUCUAUACAACCCUUCUUCUUUACUCAAGGAGGAGUUAGAGCACAACCCAUCGUCUCAACUAGAAAUGGAUCACACUACAAACCUAGAACAAAUUUGUGUAACAGGCCAAACAGCUGUUAUGACCACCAUAGAGGCUGAGAGGAAGUAUACCCUGCGGAGCUCUGGUCGACCACGUUUCCCCUGUCAUCUUCGGAAAUCAUCCCGUUUACGUAGAGCUGCUGAGGAAACUAUGUUUAAAAGAGAACUGGACCAAAAGGAUGAAGAGGAGGAGGAAAACAGAGUCUGGAGAACAGAGGACACAAGGCUGGUGGAGGAGCACCCUCCAGAGGUGGGUGUGGUUGCCUCAUCCUUUGAAGUUUUAUCAUCACCAGCCAUUGUUGAAGAUGUUACACCAAGUCAUAACAUGAGAACAUCAGAAGGAGAGGGCAUUGUUACUCACCACUCAGUUAGAGGAAGGCGACAGGGACGUUUUACGGGUGUAAGAAGGAUUGUGGUGAAAGUAGCCAGAAUUCCUGUUCACAUGAGCCGACGACAGAAAAGCUACAAGAUCUCAUCACUGGAGCCGGUUAGUGCUGGACCCCGUGGGGAAGGAGUCACAACAGCAGAGGGGCUUGAGGGAGGUGUAGGAGGUGAGCCAAAAGCUAUUGUUCCCAGAGAGCCCACUGCUCUUCUCCGCAUGAAAAACAAUGGAAAAAGUGUGAUGGUGAUGUUUCCACCAGGAGAGCUUCCUGUCAUCUUGAAGCGGCGAAGGGGACGCCCUCCCAAACAAGCAUUACCAGGGCAACCUGACAUGCAUGAGACCAGAGUAGGAGCAGCUAGUGCAGCAGAGCCCAAAAAAAUACGGAGGCGAAGGACAGUAAAGCUGCCAUCCCCUCAGCCCUCAUAUGUUAAUGAUACCAAUGAUGUUAAAGUAGAAUAUGCAGAUGUUCUCUCUAAACUGGCCUUCUUGAACAGGCAACCUCCCAGUACUGGCCGUUGCUCCCCUCCACGCUGCUGGACCCCAACAGAACCUGAGACUUUUCAUAUACCACCAGAAAAUCCAUCCCUUUCUACUCUUUUACACCGUCUCACAGGAUUCCGCAGGAGAGGUGGUCGUGCAGGCUGUAUGGGGAGUAGAGGAGGGGGUGCUGCUGGAUCAUCUGAUUCCUUGAAGAGGUCAUUCAGUGACUUCUUUGAAACAAUUGGCAAGAAGCGGAAAGUCACCACAUCUGAACCAGGAACUCCUCGGAAAAGAGUCAAAGGAGUUGCUGGGGGAAUAACUAGGGCAAAUUUAGGUGACUCUGCACAAGGAGAGAAAGUUAGAAAACGGCGGUCACGAAAGAAUGGGGCAUUAAAAAAUGGUCCAAAUGCCCAAGAACAAGACUGGCAAAAUGGGAAAAGUGGUUGGAUAGGAAAAGCUGACAGAGGCAUUUCUGAGAAAGCAAGUAGUUAUCAGAGUCGUUGUUCCCCUCAAGGAAAUUUUCAAACCAGUGAGGCUGGAAAGGGGGGGAUGUACCACAGCCCUGGCAUGAGAGGGGUGGGCAGUGCAGAGGAGUCUCAGAGUAUGUUUGCAGGAUACUUUCGCUCUCUACUUGAUUCUGAUGACUCCUCUGACUUGCUAGACAUCUCCAUGUCCAGUCCUGCUGGACGUCAGGAAAGCCGUAAACUUACCCCAGGAUAUGAGGGUGGCAGCCCAGGUGCAGCCCACCCUUGGUCUCCCGCCUUUUCUAAAAGAAGUCCUAAAGGAGUAGCCUGUCUUGGGGAAGGAGCAUCAUUACACUCACCUCAGACUCAAGCCAGCUUGGCAACUAAACCCUCAUAUCCAUAUAGUGGUUCACAGACUUCUCCCACCCCAUCCUUUCCUAAAUCCCCUGCUCUUUUGCUAUCCCGUUCUCCUAGUUCUCCCCAUCCAACUGGAGGUUUUCCUCAAUAUCCACCCAGUUAUAGUGCUGGGGUCCUUCAAGGAGGAAGCAUUUACCCCCUCCCUCAACAGCAGCAACAACUGCAAAGGCCAAGUGACUGUAGCUACACAUAUGGCACAAAAACUCCCUCUGUUCCUUCAACACAGUGUCAGAUGAGUUAUUCCAACUACCAGGGAUCUGCCAAGCGAAAUUAUAGUGGAUAUCCAGCCCCACCCCAUUCAACCUUACAGCGAGGAGACUCUGGUCCAACCUCACCAGGUGUAAGUUAUAUGUCAAUGUCUAAGUCUAGCCCCUACUCCUUAACUUCCUCUCCCCCUGAGAGUUGUAGGCAAUACACCUCCACGACACAGUGGGGAUACAGACAAGGGGGAAAUAACUGGGGUGGUGAUAUAUAUGGGACUCAUCAGUUUCAUGAUUACUCUGACUAUGGGGUAGCCGGAACUGGUUCAGAAUCCAAAGACAUUUUGGACAUCUCAAACUACACACCCCAAAAAGCCAAACAGCGUCCCUGCCCUGACACUCUCUCUGAGUCCUCCUCAGACUCUUCUCAUACUGGUGGAGGGGGGGUGGGUGCUACAGGGGGAGCAUUUCGCCCAAGGGAUGUUCCUAUGCCUGAGGGUCAGUCUAGCCUUUCAAGCCUGGAGAAGCUAAUGUUUGACUGGAAUGAGAAUUCGGCAGGCUCCUCUUACAACUGGAGUCAGAAUGUACUUUUCCAAGGGGGGACAAAACCAGGUCGUGGCCGAAGGAAAAAGUCUGAUAUACACAAUGAGAAGGAAGCAUGCUCUGCUCCCCCAGGAUCCCCUGCCAGCCCUCCUAUGCAAGGAGGUGGGUCAAAACGUAGUACUACUGGUGGAAGACAGCCCAGGGGAGCCAGAGGUAGGGGAGGAUUCUCACCUUGCCAAAGAGAGCGACCCCCACUACAAAAAACUAAAACUCAUAAGCCUACAGCCCCAUCAGGGUCAGGGCAAAUGGGUUCAGGGGGCAUAUACCAGGAAGCAUUGGACUACUACAGUGGAGAUAGUAGCAGCCUAUCACCUCUCAGCCAUGCCCCAGAGUUGUGUGAAUACCCCUCCCCAUAUUCUGUCCAUACUUCUACUCCUUCCUCAGAUGAGCGAUUUGCUCAUGUCUACCCUCCAGACUCUGCCUCUGUCUCCCCCAGUUUAUCAAACCAGUCAGAUGUUCUAAAGCAGUACCCUAAACCUGGGCAUCCCUCACAGACUUAUGGCCAUGCUGCCAGGACUUUCAGCCCAACCCUGUCCCCAACCCCUCGCCUCUUGCCACAGUGUGGUUCUGCCAUAAGUCCACACCGGGUUCCAAAAGACCAGUUUUCCCAGUAUGAUUCCCCCAGUUAUAGUGGCUCUCCAUGCUGGUAUGGGCAAGGAGGAAGUGUCGCUAGCAGCCCCCAAAACUAUGAAGAACAGCGACCACCAGCAGCCUCUUUGCCCUCCCACAAACGGGACAUGUCAUUGAUGGUCUCUGGGAUGAGAGUUCCAUCCAAUUCAUCAUACCCCUCCCCUUUACACAGAGGCCCUACAACAUCAACCUCCUGUGUGAGUGGGACUCUGGACUCUUCCCCUCAGCAUGAAGAGAUGGGUUACCAUGGUAACUUGGACAGCUAUGCACCCCUUGGACACCGUUAUGCACCCCAAACAGCCCGGGGAGGGGUACUCUGCCAGCUUCUUGACCAGCCCAGCGAUGAAGGGUUCACCGUUACCAGCCUGUAGCUGAAAUUAUCAGGGCAUCGCUGAAUAGAUGAAAUGGACCCUUUUCAUAUUUUUUCAUAUUUUUUAAAGGAUAAGCUUUGGAAGACACUUACUGAGUUGAGACUGAAGAGUUUCAGAGCUAUGGACUAAAUAAAGACUUCUCCAGCAGUGACAAUCAAGAUCCAAAUUCAGACAUAUGCAGAGACGCACACAGAAACACACAUGCACCAACGUACAAACAUAUUCUAUGCCCACAAUACAUUUACAUGUACUCGCAUAUAAACUUUCAUAUGCUGACUUGCAACUGCAAAUGCAUGUGCGAAAAGACACUCUCACAAACUAACAUUGCUGCACAACUUGAGCUAAUGACUUUUUAAAGGACCGAAUGUACACUGCUAGUAACAUGAAGAAACCAAUUUGCUGAAAAGCAGGGAACAACAUGUCCCUUUCCUUCAGAGUGCAACUGUGCAAAUGCGAUUUCCACAUUUCAGUGAUACCCAAAAACAAAACCAAUGUGAUACCACACAAAAGGUUUUUGACUACACCCUGUUCCUUUUUUUCUAUCCAGUUUUAGUCUCAAAACCUCCUCUGAUUAAGUCACUGAGGAGAUCAAUUAUUUGAUCUCUAAAGGUCCAAUUUCUUCAGCAUCUAUAAAUGGUGACACUGCACAAACUCUGCCAUUUUCUCACUCCAAGUUAUAACUGUUUUUUAAAAGCCAGCAUUUGUACAUAAGCUACUCAAACAGUUCCAUCACCAGAGGAGCUCACUGCAAUGAAAAAUACAACAGAAACACAAGUCCUUUUGAAAGAGACAUGUUAAAGCAGCAAUGUCAUGAGAGUAUUUCAGAAUGGCUGUAAGGACACAUAAGGGGGAUACCAGUUUUAUGUGGCUUUAUAUAGUUCAGCUUGGGUUUGUGCAAGUACAAUUUAAUUAAUCUUUUUUUAUCAAUGGCCUGGUCUGGUCCAACAGGAAUGUGUCUCAAUUUGAUCCCCCCAACCAUCGUUCUGAACCUGCAGCAUGGUCACCUUGUGCUCAACAUACAGCUCUUAUUCGUGUUGUUUUUAUCAUCACAGGAGGACAGAAACCCAUGCAAUGGCCCCAAAAGAUGCUGUGCUUGUCAAGAUGUUAAGAGGCCAGGGCACUUUACACCCUGGAUAUGAUGGCUUGGGACUCUGGGUGUGGACAAUGCAAAUUCUCUUGCUCAUCCUCCUUUUUCUUUCUUCCCUUUGUUUGUAUUUCUUGUGGUCCGCUGUGUCGUACAGUGAUUUUUUGUGAUGAAAUAUUGUAUCUGUCAGUUCCAUAUACUGUAUCUGAGGUGAAAAUAUUUAAAUACAC